UAAAAUCUGCUCAUGAGGAUAAUUUGUUGACACUCCCUGCCUCUGGUAAUAUUUCAUUAUAUCGACUCUCCAGCAGGGACCGCGCCUGCGCUCCUGCUCCCCCUUUCCCGAACGAGGCUUCACCAAUCCUGGCUCUGGCUCCAUCCCCGGCUCGGCGUCCCACAGGCCAGCGCUAAUAAGUCGCUUAGCUGCCCAGUAAUGGGGAAGUGGUAGAAAAGGAGGGGGGAGAGAGUGAGUGAGAGCGAGAUAGACGCCGCUUGUGCUGAAAGCCGUGAGGAAGUUGAGGUGGGAAGCUCCGGACCAGAAACCCGCUCCACUGAAGAGACGGACACAGCCUACAGUUGCUGUUGCUGAAUAGCCCCAAAAAGCGCAUAGUGAUGGAGAGAAAGCGUCCUGGUAUGCCGUCUGGAGCGAGGAUGCCCCACCAAGGAGCUCCCAUGGGACCCCCAGGCCCCCCAUACGGAGCGAGUCCUGCGGUGCGGCCCGGCCUGCCCUCCCCAGUGAUGGAGCCCAGUCGUAAGAGGCCCGCCCCGUCGCAGCAGGUCCAGCAGCAACAGCAGCAGCAACAACAGCAGCAACAGCAAGUCGUUCAGAACCGCGCUAGGAAGAAGCCAGUCGGAUUUCCCGGAGCCAGCGAGAUGCCAGCGAGGCAGAUGGACAUGAGAGAGCCCCAAUCAGAUCCCACGCUUGGAUCAAAUGCUAAGAGAAGGAAAAUGGCAGACAAGAUUCUUCCGCAAAGGAUCCGUGAACUGGUACCUGAAUCUCAAGCCUACAUGGAUCUACUGGCUUUUGAGCGCAAACUGGACCAAACCAUUAUGCGUAAACGCGUGGACAUCCAGGAAGCACUGAAGAGACCAAUGAAGCAGCAAAAGCGUAAACUAAGGCUCUAUAUUUCCAACACGUUCAACCCAGCUCGUCCUGAUGCUGACGACUCAGAUGGCAGCAUUGCAUCAUGGGAGCUGAGGGUAGAGGGGAAGCUGCUGGAUGAUCCGGGGAAGCAGAAAAAGAAGUUUUCUUCAUUUUUCAAGAGCCUUGUGAUCGAGCUGGACAAAGAGCUGUAUGGUCCGGACAACCACCUGGUUGAGUGGCACCGCACAACCACCACCCAGGAGACGGAUGGCUUCCAAGUGAAGAGACCGGGAGAUGUGAGCGUGCGCUGCACCCUGCUGCUGAUGCUGGACUACCAGCCACCCCAGUUUAAGCUGGACCUCCGCCUGGCGCGCCUGCUCGGCAUCCACACUCAGACUCGUUCCUGCAUCAUUCAGGCCCUCUGGCAGUACGUGAAGACCAACAAGCUGCAGGACUCGCAUGACAAAGAGUACAUCAACUGUGACAAGUACUUCCAACAGAUUUUUGAUUGUCCUCGCCUGAAGUUCUCUGAGAUUCCUCAGCGCCUCACUAACCUCCUCCUACCACCUGACCCGAUCGUCAUCAACCAUGUGAUCAGUGUGGACCCCAACGACCAGAAGAAGACGGCCUGCUACGACAUCGACGUGGAGGUGGAAGACCCCCUCAAGAGCCAGAUGAGCAGCUUCCUCCUCUCCACCGCCAACCAGCAGGAAAUCGCCUCCCUCGACAACAAGAUCCAUGAGACCAUCGAGUCCAUCAACCAACUGAAGAUCCAACGGGACUUCAUGCUCAGCUUCUCCAGAGAUCCCAAAGGCUACAUCCAAGACUGGCUCAAGUCCCAAAGCAGAGAUCUCAAGUUAAUGACUGACGUGGUGGGGAACCCAGAGGAGGAGAGGAGAGCGGCAUUUUACCAUGAACCCUGGUCCCAGGAGGCUGUUAGCCGUUACUUCUACUGCAAGAUCCAGCAGAAGAGACAGGAGCUGGAACAGGCCUUAGCAGUCCGCAACACCUAAAAGCAGAAGGCCCUCCUGAAGUUCUGCUCUGGAUUUUAAAGCUGUGUGUGGGUUUGGUUUUAUGCAAGCGUGUGUAAGGUCAUUAGUUUAACUGAACCUUAAAGAAGUCCACAUUCAGUUUCUCAACAGAGUUUUGAAGCUAAAUAGGACUCAGUAGAGGUUUUCCAGACCCAGAUAUGAAUGCACUUCAUUCAUGUUUUAAAAGACCAUGAAGUAAUCAACGUUAACAGCACUGUUGGCCCACAGAGGCUCGGCUUUGUAAAUAUAUCCCACGAAAACUGUCAACCAGCUGCUCACACACCUCCAUGUUUGUGCUCUGGAUGAGUUUGAAUACGCACAUCAUUUGUUUUAUUUGUCUUCCUUUGAGUCCUAUUUUUUAAGAGUUACUUAUUAACACCAGCAAAAUAUGAGAUUAGGGUUUUCUGGGCUACUGCAGAUUAUAAAACAUGCCGUGUUGGUUGCAUUCAUUCUUAGUUUACGGUUCUCCACCAAGUCUAGUUUGGCAGAGAAGAAGAGACUGAAAAACUCAAGUAUUCUCACGCUACUGUCAGUUUUUACAGCUCAGGCCAGACGUUUACAUGCACUCAUCCCUGUCACAAAUAUCAUAUUAACUUUGGUCCUUAAUGAAUGGUUUAAAUAUUUUUUUGUCCAGGUUAAACUGAUUGCUUAGCAAACAACUCUAAUGAUUUUUUUUUUUUUAAAUGGGUGCAGAACUUUGAAUUUAUUACAAAUUUCGCUGAUUCAAGGGUCAAAACUAUACAUACAGGCUCAAAUAUAUAUAUUGUACAUACAUGACCCUGAGAACCAUCAACAAGGUUCUGGCAUAUUUCUAGCUGGAUAUUUAACAGGGUUUCUUGGCAAACUUAGCUGUGGUCAUUGAAAGCAGUUGGUUUCCUGGACAGGUGGGGCUAUUUCGGAAGCUUAAUGUUAGACUGUUGUAACCAAAACCAGCUCUUGAUGUGUGUCCCGUUGCAGCGCCCAACUAUGUCUUAACAUCUAGAUGGUGAUUCAGGGUGAAGUUCAGGAAUUUGGAAGUAGUUCUACUUUCAUUUUCAACUCAUUUUGUGCAAUGCCCCUGUACCUCAAGCAAGGAAGGAGUCCCACAGCAUGAUGCUAACAUCACCAUGCUUGGCAGUUAUUAGUGUUCUUACAUAUAAAGUCCUAGCCCUGACUCCAAACAUUCUUCUGCCCAUUUUCGCAAAUUACACAUCAUUUGUCUUAUGUGGCCAGGUGCAAAUUUCAGGUGUGGAUUUUGGAGCAGAUGGUGAAAAAAGAGGAAUACCUGCUUCACUGUGGACAGGAUUAUUGCUGUUUCCCGUUUAUGGCAGUCCUGAGCCUUGUUGAGUUCUUUGAUUGUUCCUGAAGAUCCUUAAUAAUUUCCUUUCAUCUUAGAGGAGCAGUUUGGGUCAGCUGGGACACAACUGGGUGCUCCAACAGGACAGUAAUCCCAAACACACACACUCAAAACUAGUUUAGGAAGGUAAAUAGUUUCUGGAAUGGCCCCAGACGUCAAACAUACUGACACUUUGUAGACUAUGCUUAUACUUGAAUGGGGUCAGUACCAGGAUACCAGACUGUUCAAACUGACCAUUUCAGGUAAGAUGAGUGGUCAAAAAUACAGCCAGAAUUGAUCGAGAAGCUUCUGAAAGCUUCUUUAGUUAGUGGGUGUGUAUGUAUACAUUUGAGCCUUUUCAGGAUCAAUUCGAACGUGUGCACAGAAUCUUCUUGUUUUUCAAAAUCAUUAAAGGUGUACUUUGAAUAAUCUGUUAAUCUUUGGGAAUAAAAGACUAAUGAAUAAUUAAAAGCCUAAAAUGAAUGAAAUUCCUGCCCAUGAUGACUUUAUAUAAACUUCUGACCAGAACAGUAAUUGCAUUUUAAUGAAGGAAAACAAGUCGUGACGAUCGUAUUUCUGUCUUCAUUUAAUCACCACACUGGGGGAAAAAAUACUUUUACAUGUCGGGCUUCAUCGAAAGAUCUGUCGCUCGCUCACUUGUUUUGGGUGUUUUAAAGGUUGAUGUUCUGAAGGUUUUACCAAAGGAUGCAACAAGAAGAAGAGAACAAAAAAAAAAAAACUGGACAAAAACACAGAUAUGUGUUUAAAAACAACUGAGCAGUAUUAACAAUAAGUCCAGGUCUGUUGCAUUUUGUUCGUUUUUACAUUUCUUUUGUAUUAUACAAGUAAAAAAGAGUACUGAAGGUUUGUUUUGUAUAGAUGUGAAUGUAAAUAUGUUUUUGUGACCUGUAGAGGGCCGGCUGUACAGUCCACAUUUAUAUUGGGUUUUGGGGGAAGCUACAUGUUGCAGUAUGGGAGCUCCAUUGGUUUUCAAUUAGUCGGGCAGGAAUGUUAGUGUCCUUCUAUGUGCUAGGUCCAUUUUUAGGGUGGUUCAUUUUAGGUCCAUCCCGUCUUAUCGUGGGAGCUGCAACAAAGAGUGACCAUCUCAGUAGCUGUAACAGAAUAUAAUCAGCACCAAUCUCAUUUUACACCUUUUUUAAUGACUUGUAUGUAUAUGUUGUACUGUCGAUUAGAUGAUUUGGUUUUUUUUGUUUUUUUUGACUGAAACCCCUUCAGGAGGUGGAUUUACGGGGUGGGUAUUUUGCACUGUGCUGUAAACUCUUUGUCGGGACUCUCUUUAUCAUGGGUGAGGCCCUGUUUAUUAUCCCAGCGUACACAAAAAUCGAUCUCAGAGAGACCUAUGCAUGCUCCAUGAACAUGGAUCAAUACAUCUGAUGAGGCAGUCCGUGUAAAUAUUAAGUCUGCAUAGAUGUGUAUGUAGCCAAGGCAGGACUCGGCACGUUUGCCGAGAUGCCUACUGGAAACUUGUUUUUGCCAAAAAAAAAAUAACUUGUCCUACCAGCAACUAACUGUAGGUGUGACUUUACUGAGCUGUAUGUUUUCAUUACUGGGGCUAAGUUAUAUUCACUGCACUCUGUAGGUAGCUGUAGGUAGUAAAUCAGUCCUGUGUCUCACCUGGAAUGUGUGUAUGUUUUUGUUUUUUGGCAUGUCCAGGACAUUUGUAAUGUCACUGAAUCAUUAACCCCCUCUUGUGGAGGACACCUAGAGCUGCAACUCCUCUACAUCUGAAUCACUACUGUAUUAGUCUGUCACUAAAAAACCUUUCCAUACUGUUGCAUGUGGGUCCGAGGAGUGGGAGCUACUCUUUCUUUGUUUACACUGAGAGUCACCGACAGGAGGAGGAUAACAAUAAUAAUAAUAAUAAUAAUAUACAAUAAUGCUGUUUAUCUCUGAAGAGUUUCAUGAUCAUGUUCUAGAGAAAACAAAGGGGAAUACAGCUGUGACAUUGUGAGACAGGCUGGAUGUAAAUAAAGAAGCGCUUGCCAAAGUUUGUAAAUGACA